AUGCUAGCCGCUCGAAGCUCUCUAAGUGCCUCGAGAAGGAUUUACGCCAGAACGUUGGCCACUAGCUCUGAUCUUGCAUCGUCUUUCGCUGUUCCUCCAGAGUAUGAAGCUAGAACACCUCCAUAUGCUAAGCUCAUAUCGAAUUUGGGAGAAGUCAAGAAGUUGGUGAAUAACAAGCCUUUGACGUUGGCAGAGAAGAUUCUCUACUCCCAUUUGGUCGAUCCCCAUGACAGUUUAGCUACCUGUAACGGUGACUUAUCUAAUAUCCGUGGUGAACAGUACUUGAAGUUGCACCCAGACAGAGUUGCAAUGCAAGAUGCCUCGGCCCAAACAGCCUUGUUGCAGUUUAUGACUACUGGAAUGUCCAGAACUGCUGUGCCUGCUUCGAUUCACUGUGAUCACUUGAUUGUGGGUAAGGAUGGUGCAGAUCAAGAUUUGACUUCCUCCAUCGCAACCAACAAGGAGGUUUUUGAUUUCUUGCAGAGUUGUGGUGAAAAGUAUGGUAUUCAGUUUUGGGGUCCUGGUUCGGGUAUUAUUCAUCAGAUCGUUUUGGAGAACUUUUCUGUUCCUGGUUUGAUGAUGUUGGGUACCGACUCUCAUACUCCAAACGCUGGUGGUUUGGGUGCUAUUGCUAUUGGUGUGGGUGGUGCCGAUGCCGUGGAUGGUUUGACUGGUACACCUUGGGAGUUGAAGGCUCCAAAGAUUUUGGGUGUCAAGUUGACUGGAAGAAUGAACGGCUGGACCUCUCCUAAGGACGUCAUCACUCACCUUGCCGGUAUCUUAACCGUCCGUGGUGGUACUGGUUACAUUGUGGAGUACUUUGGUGAAGGUGUCGAGAACUUGUCUUGUACUGGUAUGGCUACUAUCUGUAAUAUGGGUGCCGAGAUUGGUGCUACCACUUCCACAUUCCCAUACCAGGACGCCCACCGUCGUUAUUUGAUUCAAACGAAUAGAGCUCCUAUCUCUCAGGCAGCCGAUGUUGCUUUGCACAAGUACAACUUUUUGAGAGCUGAUGAGGGUGCUGAAUACGAUAAGGUCAUUGAAAUUGACUUGAACACUUUGGAGCCUCACAUCAACGGUCCUUUCACUCCAGAUUUGUCUACUGCAAUUUCUGAUUUCGGCUCCAAGGCUAAGUCUGACGGCUGGCCUGAAAACGUGAGUGCUGGUUUGAUUGGUUCUUGUACCAACUCUUCUUACCAGGACAUGUCUCGUGCAGUUUCCAUCAUUAUGCAAGCUGAAAAGGCUGGCUUGACGCCAAAGAUUCCUUUCUUUGUCACUCCAGGCUCUGAACAGAUUAGAGCUACUAUCGAGAGAGAUGGUUUGACUAACAUUUUCGAAAGAAACGGUGCCAUUGUCUUGGCUAACGCCUGUGGCCCUUGCAUUGGUCAAUGGGACAGAACUGAUGUUCCAAAGACCUCAACUUCGUCUAACGCUAUCUUCACCUCGUUCAACAGAAACUUUAGAGCCAGAAACGAUGGUAACAGAAACACCAUGAACUUCUUGACAUCUCCAGAUAUCGUCACUGCCAUGAUCUACUCCGGUGACAUGAACUACAACCCUCUCACAGACUCAAUUACCAAGGAAGACGGUACCGAAUUCAAGUUUGAGCCACCACAGGGUGUCGAGUUGCCUGGUGAAGGUUUCAUCAGAGGACGUGAAGAAUUCUACCCAGACCCUAACCCACAGCCAAAGCCAGAGGUCCAAGUCAGUGUUUCUCCCGAAUCCGAUAGACUUCAAAUCUUGGAUCCUUUCGAACCAUGGUCUGGAGAUGAGUUAUCUACCACUGUUUUAUUGAAGGUUGAGGGUAAGUGUACCACUGAUCAUAUUUCUGCUGCUGGUUCAUGGUUGAAGUACAAGGGACAUCUUGAGAACAUUUCAUACAACACCUUGAUCGGUGCCGUUAAUAAGGAAACCGGUGAAGUUAACACUGCUUACGACCUUAACGGUGACUCUUACGGCAUUCCAGAAUUGAUGUUCAAGUGGAAGGAUGAGAAGCGUCCUUGGAUUGUUGUUGCUGAGCACAACUACGGUGAAGGUUCUGCCAGAGAACACGCUGCCAUGUCUCCUAGAUUUACUGGUGGCUCUAUUAUUUUGGUCAAGUCUUUCGCUAGAAUUCACGAAACCAACUUGAAGAAGCAGGGUAUGUUGCCAUUGACCUUUGCUGACGAGGCUGACUACGACAAGAUUGUCGCCGGUGACCAACUCUCCACCGUUGACUUGAGAGAUAUGGUUGCCAAGGAUGGUAACAAUGGUGGUACCUUGAGAAUGAAGGUCACCAAGAGAGAUGGUUCUGGCGACUUUGAGAUCGUCUGCAAGCACACCAUGUCCAAGGAUCAGAUCGACUUCUUUAAGGCUGGUUCCGCCAUUAACCAUAUUGGUAACUUGAAGAAACAGCAGGAGGCUGCUUCGGCCUAA